CUAGAGGUCCCCGGUUCGAACCCGGGCUCAGACAUUUUCCUUUUUUUUUUUUUUUUUUUUUGUUUUUGGGUCCCAGGCAUUCUUCUUGCCUUUUUUGUCACCUCUGUCAGGCAUUUUUCUUGCCUAACCAGACACAUGUAUUCUCUAAAAACAACUCCAGUCGACUGAUAAACAUCACUGUCGAAUUGUGGGGAGGUUAGACCACAAAUCUGAAUUGAAUUUUUCUGAAAAUGUACUGCUUCCCUCUAUCACCUAAUUCAACACACAAUCUUUAUCCCUCAAACUGCUCAUCACCUCCUCAUUUUCUUUCCCCACGCCCUCUUAAAAAUCAAGCAAAAGAUUUGAUCUUUGCUUCAAGAAAAAAUAAUGUGUUUUGUAGUUCAGCCAAAAGGGUGUCCAUUUCUCUAAUUAAUUCCGGAAAUGAACCAAAAGAUUCGAUUUUUACUUCAAGAUUAAAAACCAAAAGAGUGUCUGUUUCUCGAAUUAGUCUGGGAGAUGAACUAAAAGAUUCGUCUUUUACUUCAGGAUUAAAUUAUGGGUUUUGUAGUGCAGCCAAAAGUGUGUCUUUUUCUGGAAUUAGUUUGGGAAAUGGUGAGCGUGUGGUCAAUGUCAGGUGUACUGGAGAAUCAAUUGAGGAGAAUGGUAAUGAGUUUUAUAUAAGAAGGUGUGUGGAGAUUGCUAGGAAAGCAGUUGGGCAUACCAGUCCUAAUCCUAUGGUUGGUUGUGUAAUUGUUAAGGAUGGGAAGAUUGUAGGUGAAGGUUUUCACCCAAAAGCUGGUCAGCCACAUGCUGAGGUUUUUGCACUUCGAGAUGCUGGUGAUUUAGCGGCAAAUGCAACAGCCUUUGUGAGCUUGGAACCAUGUAAUCAUUAUGGAAGAACUCCGCCAUGUACUGAGGCAUUAAUCAAGGCCAAAGUGAAAAAGGUGGUUGUUGGGAUGGUGGAUCCAAAUCCUAUUGUAGCUUCAACUGGUGUGAGUAGAUUAAGGGAUGCAGGAAUUGAAGUGAUCACAGGCGUUGAGGAAGAACUUUGCAGGAAGCUUAAUGAAGCUUAUAUACAUCAAAUGCUGACCGGAAAGCCGUUUGUCACACUCAGGUACUCUCUCUCAGUUGAUGGUGAUCUCUCGGAUCAGCUGGGUGCAGAAGUCAUGGAGUCUGGUGGAUACUACUCACAAUUAUUACAAGAAUAUGAUGCAGUUGUUGUUUCUUCCUUUUCGCUGUCAACAAAGUAUUUUCUUUCAUCUAAAGAGCCAGGAGCAAAGCAACCUCUUCAGAUAGUAUUAGCAAAGAGUUCAGGUUCACUUCAACUCCCUACUGUUUCAAAUGACACCUCAUCUAGAACUAUAAUCUUCAGCAAUAAGGAGAUCACUCUGGAGCUUGAAGCAAGUCAAAAAGGGAUAGAGACAGUAGUUUUGGAUAGGAUGAAUUUAGCAGCUAUCCUUGAACAUUGUAAACGUCAAGGACUGUGCAGUGUGAUGCUGGACUUGAGAGGAACCACUGCAGAUUUUGCAGAAAUCCUACAAGAGGGUUUUGAACAAAAUUUAUUUCAGAAGAUAAUUGUGGAAGUAUUGCCAAUUUUGGGUGCAAGUAAUAAAGAUCCUCUCAAGUAUAUGCAGCAAAACCGAAGGCUGAGGAAUUUAACAUCAAGGACCUUAGGCGAAAGUAUUCUUCUGGAAGGAUAUUUCUAAGUGGAUGGAGGAUUUUACCAAAAUUAAAAUCUUCUAUUAGAUUGUAUAAUAGUGGCGAUCAUACAAACUAAGGGUAUCUUCCGCUAUCACUGACAGCUGCAAUAAGUACAAGUAUAUCAAAGUUACAUUCGUGCCUCUAACAGAGGUAACUUGAUUUCUGGACCAAUGUUACUUUAUUCAUGUUAGUUCAUACUAUACUGAAAGGUCCAUGGUGAGAUCAAGCUUCUCUUGUCAACGUUGUAGAACUGACUGUGCUUUGUACUAGUGUCUUAGUCCAUUCAAGUAUUGCUAGAAAAUGUUUAAGACAAACAUGUAAUGUUGCAUCUUCAAUUGACAAUAAAGAUGACUUUGCGUUUUGAUCUUCA